AUGGUGAGCUCCGCGAAGCAUGUUCAAGAUGCUGUCAUGUUCGCCAAGCGUCACAAUCUUCGACUGAUCGUUCGAAACACGGGCCAUGAUUUAGCUGGUCGGUCCAGCUCACCCAACGCCUUGCAGAUCCAUACCAAUCGGCUGCAAGGUGUUCACUUCCACGAGAAUUUCCAGCUCCACAGAUCUGAAAGGUCUGUCGGUCCAGCUGUGAGUGUUGAAGCUGGCGUCAUGAUGGGAGAUUUAUACGCAAAAUCCGCUCAGAAUGGAUACAUUGUUGUCGGUGGCGAUUGUCCCACAGUCGGAGUUGCAGGAGGAUUUCUGCAGGGAGGAGGAGUUUCGGACUUCCUCAGUCUACACCAUGGAUUGGCCGUAGACAACGCACUGGAAUUUGAAGUUGUUACCGCUAGUGGUGACAUCGUUCUGGCCAACGCUAUUCACAAUUCGGACCUAUUUUGGGCAUUGCGAGGGGGCGGGGGUGGAACUUUUGGAAUAGUCACAAGGGUUACUAUGCGGGUUUUCCCCGACGUCCCUGCUGUUGUGGCCGAGCUCAGCGUGCAAACAUCACAUUCUCACGGCAACUAUGCCCGAAGCCUUGCUGUAUUCUUCAAUAUCCUACAAACAUUGAAUCGUGAGAGUGUUGGUGGGCAGCUGAUCAUGACUGUGAUAUCUGAGCACUCUAUUGAGGUAAAACUUAAAAUGUUUUUCCUUAAUCAAACCAAAACCGCGAUUGUCAACCAACGAAUGCAGCCAUUUGUUGAAGACAUAAGCCGUAUCGAAAGCCAUGUGACAUACGAAUCAGCAUCGUUGUCGAAACUCAGCAUGAAUUAUCGAAAGGUUCCUGAUAUUCACACCGAUAACGACUACGGUGUUCUUGGGUCAUCUGUCGCUAUCUCCAAUAGCUUAUUCAAUGCUUCUAAUGGGCCUACACACGUGGCUGAGGCUUUAGCACGACUUCCUACACGCCCAGGCGAUUUGUUAUUCACCAGUAACCUUGGAGGGCAAGUCAUGAAAAAUGGAGAACUCAUGGAGACGUCCAUGCAUCCAGCUUGGAGGCAUGCUGCCCAGCUGAUCAACUUCGUGCGGACCGUUGAGCCGACCAAUGAGGGAAAAAUGGAGGCAUUGCAAAACCUAACCAACAUUCAUAUGCCCUUGCUUUAUGCAGUUGACCCGGGCUUUCGGUUAUCCUAUCGUAACGUGGGUGAUCCAAAUGAAAAGAACUUCCAACAGGUUUACUGGGGACAAAGUUACAUCCGCUUGUUACAGCUGAAGCGGCGGUGGGACCCAAAGGGGCUUUUUAUUAGCAAGUUAGGAGUCGGUAGUGAGGAAUGGGACUCAGAAGGGAUGUGCAGGACCAGAUGA